AUGAUAACAGAUGAGCAAAGAGGGGUUUACAACGAGAUUUUGGAUGCAGUUUUAAAUGAUAGCGGUGGAGUGUUCUUUCUUUAUGGUUAUGGAGGCACAGGUAAAACCUUCGUAUAUAGAGCACUCUUAUCAGCAAUCCGAUCUAGACGUAUGAUUGUUCUAAAUACCGCAUCCAGUGGAAUUGCUGCAUUAUUGUUGGAAGGAGGUAGAACCGCACAUUCCAGGUUUGGUAUUCCGAUAGAUGCCGACGAGUUUACUACUUGCAAGAAAAUGGAGCCAGGAUCAGAUCGUGCAGAAUUAGUUAAAGCAGCAAAGCUCAUUGUAUGGGAUGAGGCGCCUAUGAUGAGCAGACACUGUUUCGAGACUUUGGAUCGUUCUAUGCGUGAUAUUAUAAGAUCUUCUGAAGACAAACCUUUUGGAGGUAAAGUAGUUGUUUUUGGUGGAGAUUUCAGACAGAUUUUACCGGUCAUACCUGGAGGUGGUAGAGCAGAGACUGUUUUGCAAGCUCUUAAUUCGUCAUAUCUUUGGGAGCACUGCAAAGUUCUGAAGCUAACAAAAAACAUGAGAUUGCUCGCUGGGCUUACUGAUGAUGCAGCAAAAGACCUUCAAUCCUUCUCAAAAUGGAUUUUGGAUGUUGGAGAUGGAAAAAUAAAUUUGCCAAACGACGGUCAGGUUGACAUUGACAUCCCUUCUGAUCUGUUGAUCAAAAAUAUUGGAGAAGAUCCGAUUCAAACUAUUGCAAAGGAGUUGCCAGGUGAAUACAAGGUUUACCUUAGCUCUGACAGUAUAAUCCCAUCCGAUGUUGAUAUAGAAGAAAAUGUUACCUAUCCAACAGAGUUUUUGAACAGUGUUAGAGUGGCAGGAAUGCCUAGACAUAAUUUGAAGCUGAAGGUUGGUGCUCCUAUUAUGUGUCUCCGUAACUUGGAUUUGGUAGAUGGCUUAUGCAAUGGUACUAGGCUAAUUGUUACUCAGUUGCUCCCACAUGUUAUAGAAGGUAGAAUUAUAACUGGAAAUAGUACUGCUGGAGACAAAGUCUGGAUUCCUAGAAUGUAUGUCAGUCCACCUGACACAAAGUUUCCCUUCAGAAUGCGUCGAAGACAGUUUCCCGUUACACUGGCUUUCGCGAUGACCAUCAACAAAAGUCAAGUUCAAACACUAGAAAGUGUUGGUUUGUUUUUGUCUAGGCCAGUGUUCUCACAUGGUCAGCUCUACGUUGCACUUUCAAGAGUUAAGUCGAGAUCUGGAUUAAAAAUCCUAAUAACUGGUAAAGAAAGGAAGGCCGAGACAAAAACAUUGAAUGUUGUCUACAAACAAGAUUUUCAAAAUAUUCCGUAG